CUCCCGAAACAUCCUGCAAAUCAUUCAUCGUCGCCCCGAGCGCCUCCUCGCUCGACUUUUUUUUCCUUCUCCCGUUGACCUCCCGUGCCCUUCCUAUCUCGUGGCCUUUCUUUCCUGCCGACGACGACUCGCCGACGCCGAGCGGCGCAGCCCUUCGCCAGAUCUUCAUCCAGCCCUUCUCGCCCGCGACGAGCAUCCAACAGGCAAUGCUCUGAUGAAGACAGAGAUCGAGGAGGUAAGCAUUGGAGGGUUCUGGAGUGAGGAAGACAAAGCCCUCUGUGCUUCUGUUCUGGGCUCGGAUGCCUACACGUAUCUUACAAAAUGUGGUGGUGCCAUAUCUGAAGGUCUUGUAGCAGCAUCUGUGUUGGCAGAUCUGCAAAAUAAACUUCAGAACCUGGUUGAGGCUGAUGGUCAGAGCCUUCAUUGGAACUAUGCCAUCUUCUGGCAACUUGCACGCACAAAGUCUGGUGCCGUUGUUCUUGGCUGGGGUGAUGGAUCCUGCCGUGAACCCCAUGAUGGUGAGAUUGGUUUUGCUACUUCUGUUGGUGCUGGUGAUGCAUCUUCAGUGACUAGACAGAAGAUACGGAAGCGGGUGCUGCAGAGGCUGCACACAGCAUUUGCUGGGGCUGAUGAGGAGGAUUAUGCUCCUGGAAUUGACCAGGUCACUGACACAGAGAUAUUCUUUCUAGCAUCUAUGUAUUUUUCAUUUCCACGUCAUGUUGGUGGUCCUGGGAAAGUGUUUGCUGCAGGCAGACCCCUUUGGAUUCCAAACAAUGAGCUCAAGGUUUCCCCAGCAAAUUAUUGUUACCGGGGUUUCCUUGCAAAUGCAGCGGGGCUUAAGACUAUUGUGCUUGUGCCAUUCAAAGCCGGUGUACUCGAGGUAGGCUCAACCCAGAAUGUACCUGAGAGUGCUGAAGCUCUGCAAACUAUAAGGUCCUUGUUUCUUGGGACGUACAGUACCAGGGCAGCCAUUGAGAAGCAUGAGGAGAAUACUUCUGUCCAAAUGUCACCAGGUUCAACAAAGAUUUUUGGGAAGGAUUUGAAUAUCAGCCAACCUUCAGCCACCGAAGGAGCUGACCCAUCAAAGGUGGAUGGAGGCUCAAGGGAUGAACAGAAGAGCAGUGGUGGUGACAACAUGUUGCUACCCAAUCUCCGGAAAGGUCUGCAGAAUUUCACAUGGAGUCAGGCUCGAGGCCUAAAUUCUCAUCAGCAGAAGUUUGGCAAUGGUAUCUUAGUUGUGACAAGUGAGGCUGCACAUCGCAGCAAUGGAUCUACUCCUGUCACUGGAGUGAGCCCAUUUCAGCUUCAGAAGCCAGAGCAGAUCUUGACCCAACCACCACCUCAGCCCCGGGGACCAAUGCAAAUAGAUUUUCGUGUAGGGUCCAGUUCCAAGUUUGGUGUUUUGAUUUCACAAAAAGCAAUGUUGGAUGGGGAAAAUGGUGGUAUUGACGGCCUUUUUAAGGAGGAAAGAGAGGACCGACAGCCAAGGAAAAGGGAAAGGAAGCCAACGAACAGGAGGGAGGAGCAACCACUUAGCCAUGUUGAGGCUGAGCGCCAAAGGAGGGAAAAGCUCAACAAGCGGUUCUGUGCACUGAGAGCCAUUGUGCCCAACAUCUCAAAAAUGGACAAAGCAUCCAUUCUGGAAGAUGCUGUAACACAUAUAACUGAUCUCAAGAAGAAGCUGGAGAAGAUGGAAGCAGAGCGUGAGAAGCUCUUGGAGUGUGGCAAGGUAGAUGCCAGUGAGCAAACAACUAGGCCUGAAGUAGACAUCCAGGUGGUGCAUGGUGAGAUUCUUGUUCAAGUAGUGUCACCGAUUGAUAACCAUCCAAUAAAGAAGGUCCUUCAAGCAUUUGAAGAGGCAGAAGUCAAAGUAGGUGAAUCAAAGGUCACAGCCAACAAUGGUACAGUUGUGCAUUCCUUUGUUAUCAAGUCCCCUGGCUCUGAACAGCAUACACGAAACAAAUUGGUGGCCUCUAUUUCUAAUGUAACUAGAUCCGUGUAGAAUUAAAUGACAACUUGAUAUUUUAGACAGAUCAUUUUUGCUGGCUGUGAAUUGGUAACUACUAUGACACCUAUUGGUAUCUGAUGAUCGGUAUAGGUGGUAUAUCAACAUAUAGAGCUCAGAUCCUUACAUAUAAAGACAAAUCUGUAAGUACAACUCACCAUUGUAAAAUGUGUAACUGUUUGUUCACGUGAUUCAUCAAUUGUUUGUCUUAUGGGAGACUGAUCGGAGUGCUGUUGAAAUGGGGAAGAAUGCUCUUACUUUUGAAAGAGAAAACAUUUUGACAGUACUGACAUAUGUAUCAUUCAAUUCGACCAACUUGAUCAUAUUAUUAUAUGAUGUUUGGAUGGAGACCUUUGUUGUCAA